AAAUUUGGAUAUUUUUAUAUUGAUGUUAUGGAGUCUAGGUUUUAUGUAAAUAUUAUAUUUUAGCUGUUCUUUUUCCUGAUACAGUCCACCAGCUGAAAGGGGCUCUGACAUAUUAUUGACUGAUUGAGGUAACUUGGCUCCUUGGCAACUGAGGAAAGGGGUCUCCUUGUUAUAUCUGGGUGAAUAUGAGAACUGCAGCUUUCAUGCUGUUUUCCUUGAUCUGUAAAUUUAAUAACACACACACUUUAAAAAUACAAUUUCAUAUAAUACCUAUUUGCCAUUCUUGUCAAUAAAGGAAAAGUCUGGAGCUGUUGCCCAAAGAAUUGGAAGUCAUUUAGUUCCAGUUGCUACUUUUUUUCUACUGAUGUGAAAUCUUGGAAUGUGAGUCAGAAGAACUGCUCUAGAAUGGCAGCUCAUCUGGUGGUGAUCAACAGCAAGGAAGAGCAGGAUUUCCUCACUCAGAAUAUGCAUAAAGACGCUGCUUAUUUAGUGGGGCUAUCAGAUCCAGAGGGUGAAGGACACUGGCAAUGGGUUGAUCAGACCCCAUACAACCAAAUGCCACGUGAGCCAAGUCAUAGUGAAGAACAUUGUGUGGUGAUAAAUCAUCGUGCUCCAUCAUUGCAAUGGGGCUGGAAUGACAUACUUUGUAAAAAUCGUGAAUGAUCAGUUUGUGAAAUGAUGAAGGUCUACUUAUGAAUCAACACUUUUUGUGGA